UAAAAAACAUUUUCAUCUCUUUGACAGCUAAAAAUGUAUUUUUGUUAUUGAGUGCAAUUAUUUUUUUUUAUAUAAACGAAUGAAAAAUUGUUCAAAAAAUACUAAAAAAAUAUAAAUAACGCAACAUGUUAAAAGUAGCGCAACCUACGAGUAAUGCCUUUCACAAUUUUAAAUGCGGCGAAAUAUUUUGUGUUUCACCAGCUGUUUACAAUGUUACUUGCUGUCUGUGUGCCACCAAAAUGCAUCUGGAUCAGUUUCCCAGUCACUUUCAAAUGCAGCAUCUUACCCUGGCUGAGGAGAGUAUAAAUUUGGAGGAAUUAGAACUUAAGAGGCGUGCUAAAUUGGCUAAAGAUGCAACGCUGCUGGAUAAUAUGGCCAUCAAAGAAGAGGAUCCCGAAGAUGAUCCCAUAAAACAGGAAGAUGUGGCGGAUGAACAAGAAGUGGAUGAAGAUGAUAAAAGUUUGCAGCAGCUAUUAAGGGAAACAGAAAAGGCUCGUGGGAAGCAGGAGAAAGUGCAGGAUGAAGAGUUACCUGAGGAGGCGAAAAGUGAGGAAAUAAAUAUUGGGGACAAAUUGCAGGUGGAGAUUCUGGUGCGUAAACCAAAUACAAGAAAUUCGAGGAAAAAUAAAAAAGCUCUAAGUAAAAAGGAAGAUCAAAAGACGGAUGUUGAAAGUGAAUUAGAAGAAAUAAGCUUAGAGGAGAAUAAGGCAAAUGAAAAAGAAGUGACCACACACUUGAUUACUGAAGAGGAAGAGUUAAAAGAAGAAUAUGAUGGUGAUGAUGUAGAUAUGGAUCGAGAUUGGUCUUUGGAGGAUAAGAUUUCUGACACAGAUUCCGAUCCCGAUGACAAGAACAGUCCCAAAGAUGAACUACCUUUUCCUUGUCUUACAUGUAAAAGAUCGUAUCGUUCCAAACACAGCUUACAAAAGCACAACUAUAGUGUUCAUAAUCCUAAUAAACCGCCGAAAAAACCGAAAGAACCUAAAGCCGAACACAAAUGUGAUGAAUGCAAUGAAGUGUUUCGUUCCGCCCGAGAUUUGCGUGGUCAUAAAUGGAAACAUACGGGAAUAUUUUGCGAUAUCUGUGGAAAACCUUUUACCCAAACCGGCAAUAUGAUGAGACACAAAAUCCGCCACACUGGCAUUAAGGCACACAAAUGCAAAGAAUGUGAUAAGGAAUUCUUUACCGACAAAGAAUUAAAGUCCCAUAUGAUUUGUCAUACCGGCCUAAUGCCUGUCAUUUGCGAAAUAUGUGGUAAAAGGUGUCGAGAUCGUGGUGUUCUAACCGCCCAUAUGCGUAGACAUACUGGUGAACGACCGGCUAAAUGUGAUGUUUGUGGUAAAAGUUUCUUUUCAUUUCAUGAUCUUAACGUCCACGCUGUUACGCACAGCAGUGAGCGGCCAUUUAAGUGUGAUAUAUGUGGUUCAACAUUCCAACGCAAAAAAGCUUUGCGUGUUCAUAAACUUAUACAUUCGAAAGAUCGUAAGCAUGUGUGUAAAAUAUGUGGCAAAGGUUUUGCUCAAUCCGGUGGUCUCAACUCGCAUAUGCGAACACAUGAUGCUGCUCUGGAGAAAACUAGCAAUGAGAUUGCUCAACCGGUUAUUAUGCCAGUACAGAUAGAACCAGCGGAAAGUUCAACGUCGAAUAAAACAUCUGCAACUAACGAGGUUAGUAUGACACCAGAGAGUAGUAGUGUUUUGGGCCAAUAUAUGGUUAUCUACUGUAAAAUGCUGCAAGUAGCUCAUCCUACUAGAAAUGACUUUCACAACAUCAAAUGCGGCGAAAUCUUUUGUAUUCCACCAGCCGUUUACAAUGUUACUUGCUGUAUGUGUAACAUCAACAUCCAUCUCGACCAGUUUCCCAGUCACUUUCACAUGCAACAUCUUAUGCUGGCCGAGGAGAGUAUAAAUUUAGAAGAAUUGGAACUCAAAAGACGUGCUAAAUUGUCAAAAGAUGCCUCUUUAAUAGAUAAUAUGACCACCAAAGAAGAGGAACCUCAAGAUGAUCCUUUAAGGCAAGAAGAUCUUGUAAAGCGAGAAGAGGAAUCUUUUGGGAAACAUGACAACAAACAAGAAGCACUAACAAAAGUGACCGAUGCUAGUGAUAUAAAUAUUUCGGUAGAGAAAAUUGUAGAGCGUAAACGUAAUACUAGAAAUUCAAGAAAGAAUAAUAAAGAAUCCAAAAGUGUAAACAUAAAGGAUAAGACAGAGGUGGAAGAUUUGAAUAAAUUAAACUUAAACAUUGAAAAGGAAACUAAUAACGAAAUGACAAUCCAAGUAAAUCAAGCAGUCAAUGAAAAGGAAACUAAAGACGAAAUGGCAAUCCAAUUAAAUCAAGAAGUGAAUGAUGGUGAUGAUGUCAAUGUCAAAUUAAAGGAGCAGAUAAAGGCGGUAAGAAAGCGAAGUACUAGAAAUGCUAGAAAGAAUAAUAAACAAACAAAUGCUGUAAAAACAGAUAAAAAGCAGGAGAUGAAUAAUUUAAGCGAAUUAAGGUCUGGAUUUGAAAAAGAGACCAAUAAUGAAGAAACGCAAUUAAAGCAAGAGCAGAAUGCUUCGAACGAAGAAUAUGAAGCUGUAAAGACAGACAAAAAGCAGGAGAUUAACAAUUUAAGUGAAUUUAGUAAUGAAUUUGAAAAAGAGACUAAUAAUGAAGAAGCGCAAGAGCAGAACGAUGAAUAUGAUAGUGAUGAUGUAGAUAUGAAUCAAGACUGGUCAUUGGAUGAUAAAAUAUCUGAUAUAGAUUCUAAUAACGAAGACAAAAAUAACAAAAGACAUAAACGUAUCUUUACCUGCCUGACUUGUGAUCGUACAUAUACUUCCAAGAAUGGAUUAAAUAAGCACAACUAUACUGUUCACAAUAUGCCCAAACCACCUAAAGUCGAAUACAAAUGUGAUGACUGUAAUGAAGUUUUCUAUUCUGAACGUCUUUUGCGCGGUCAUAAAUAUAAACAUACUGGUAUAUUUUGUGAUAUUUGUGGUAAAACUUUUACACAAUCGAGUAAUAUGUUAAAUCACAAGAUACGUCAUACCGGCGUAAAGGCCCACAAAUGCAAAGAAUGUGAUAAGGAAUUCUUUACUAGCAGAGAACUUAAAUCCCAUAUGAUAUGUCAUACGGGCCUGCCUGUUAUAUGUGAAAUAUGUGGCAAACAAUGUCGACAUCGUAGUCUUCUAAAGGCUCACAUGCGUAGACACACGGGUGAGCGGCCCUUUAAAUGUGAUGUUUGUGGUAAGUGUUUCUUUUCCCUACAUGAUCUUAAUGUACACGCUGUUGCGCACACCACCGAUCGACCAUUUAAGUGUGAUAUCUGUGGUUCAACAUUUCAACGGCGAAAAGCUUUGCGUAUUCACAAACUUAUACAUUCGAAAGAUCGUAAACAUGUGUGUAAAAUAUGUGGCAAAGGUUUUGCACAAUCGGGUGGUCUUAACUCACAUAUGCGUUCACAUGAUUUAGAAAAAGUUGGCAGUAAAAUAGCUCCACUCGAUUUUUUGCCAGUACAAAUGCAGACAAUGGAAAAUACUCAAACGGAGGGUAUAAUAACGAGUUUAAAUGUUGAUGUUAGUAUGACAGCAGAGGGUAUUAUGUUGGGACAAUAUAUGGUUUAUAAGUAAAUAUAUAAAUUGCGUUUGUUUUUUUCGUCCUCUCCUUCGUCUUAAUAUGAAUGUUAAAAUUUUUAGUAAGAUAAUGUGUGUAAAUAUGUGAAAUGUAAAUAAGAAAUUAAAAUAACUUCAAAUAAUCUUUACUUUUAAUUAGAUCAAAAUUGAUUAGACUAUUCUGGUCUAAACUAUAAACAAGACUAUGGUCUAAACUAUAGACUUACCUAUAGAGUAGACUAAACUAUAGAUUACACUAUAGACUAGACUAUUAGCUAAACUAUAGACAGUAUAGAACAUGAUCUAAGGUGUAGACUAGCCUAUAGAUCAGACUACACUACACUGGGUUAGACCAUAUACUAGACUAUAAAUGGACUAGACUGCAUACAAGACUAUGGACAAGUCUUUAGGCUAGACUUUAGGGUAGUUUAUGGUCUAAACUAUAGAUUAGAUUAUGUACUAGCCAGAGUAGACGAUAGACUAGUAUAUAGAUUAGACAGUAGAGUAGACUAUAUAAUUGACUAUAGAGUAGACUAUAGAUUAGACUAUAGACUAGACUAUUG